CUGGUUGAAAACAGACUGUGAAAACGUUGUGGAAACCUUCGAUAUUUGUGUUAUUUUAGUUUCGCCCCCUCGUCGAACAUGUCUGCAGCGUUUCCUCCAAGUCUUUGUGAUAGUGUUCGACGGGUUUCGCUUCGACGGGUUCCCAUGGAAACGGAGGAUUAACUCACUAACUCGAGCCUGACUAACGUUAGCAGAGAUAAAGUUAUGGGCCGUCACCGUGCGGUUUUGAUAUCCGCUUGGUCGGUGUGAAGGUUAACGGAGCCGAACUGAACUGAACCGGUUUAAAGUUACCGAUGGUUGAAGGUGCUCUGGUUUCUAUGGCGACGGUCGCGCUUCCCAUGCUGUCUGAUCCAGAUACUGAGAUGGAGGAGCAGAGUGAGGCAGGAGGAGGCGCUCACACCCAAGAAAACAGAGGAGGUAUCAGGUUUAUCACAGAGGAGUUGUUGUUGAAGCUAACAGGUUGUCCCUCUCUGUCGUUGGUUCGUUCUCUGAAUCUGUCGCCGUCAGCGGGAGACAAACGCAUCAAGUUCAUAGAAAACCUCCAUGGUUGUCAGCAUCUGCAGGUUUUAAAACUCAACCACAAUGCGAUCCAGAGGAUGGAAAGACUGAACGCUCUGAGUCAGCUAAGAGAGCUUCAACUGGCCCACAACAACAUCCAAAAGAUUGAGGGUCUAGAGCACUUGUCCAAUCUGCGGCACCUGAACUUGUCGUACAACAGGAUCAGCCACAUCCCCAUGUGGCUGGGGAAGAAACUGCAGUCACUGUCCAGUCUACACCUACAACACAACCUCAUCACAUCUCUAUACGAGGUGUCAAGACUGCGUUCUUUGAAGAGCCUAUCAGAGUUAUCUGUUAUAGGAAACCCUGCCUCCUCACUUACACACUCCCGCCUCUUCCUGCUCUACCACCUCAGGACUCUAGACAGGCUGGAUGACCUGCCAGUCUCCCAAGAGGAGAGAGGACACGCCUACCAGCGCUUCAACACUGAGGAGUUGGAGCGUCUUCAGUGGGAGGUGGACAGCAGCCAGUCCCAGCUGAGCAGGCUGCAGCUGGAGCAGCAGGCCGCCGUCACUCAACUCCACCAGCAGGAGGAAACAAACCAAACACUGACAGCUCAGAAACAAAAGCAACAGCAUGCACACACACUGUUGGAGCAAGAACUGCACACAAAGAGUCAACUGCUGGAGAAGACGACGGCUGAGUUGACCAGAGCCUUUCAUAGACUGUAUGAGCUGGAACAGGAGCUGACUUUUUACAAGCUUGACACCAAACUCAGCCCUCUGCCAUACUGCAGCUCACAGGUGACAACAUACUUUGAACAUCCAUGUAGUUAGACAGCCUUCUCUGACUGAAAACCUAGGUUUGUAAACCACUCACCCUUUAGCACCAAGUUGAGGUCCAUAGAGAAAGUACUGGGAC